AUGGAAUGGUCCACGAUUUUCCUCAUAGCCUUUGCUGUCUUCAUGAUCGGGCGCUCGCUGUUCGCAGACCGCUCGCCCAUUCCCGAGACGUCGGGCAAGGUCUACAAGGUGUCCUCUGCUGCCGAGCUGGACUCCGUCUUGGCCUCCAACAGCCACGUGGUGGUCGACUUCUACGCGGACUGGUGCCCGCCCUGCCGCGCCAUCGCCCCCGUCUUCUCCGAGCUGGCCGACAAGCACGCCGCCGAGGGACGUCUGGCCUUCGCCAAGGUCAACGUCGACCACGUCAACAACGUCGCCGGCCGGUACAACGUCACCGCUAUGCCGACCUUUGUCUUCUUCCGCAGCGGCAAGCCCCAGGGUGUCGAGGUGAAGGGCCUGACGCCCCGCCAGUCCGUCGUCUUCACUGGUGACGGGCUUGUCGACAGGCUGAGGGGCGCAGACAGGGCGGCUCUGCAGGCUGUGGUUCAGGCCUUGGCGGGUCCGGGGGAAGAGGCGAAGAAGGAGUAG